AUGAGCUCGUUGGCAUUUCUGGUUACGGAACUCCAGUCUCUUUCCAGCGAAACGCGUAGAAAGCAUCCUGAUGUCCGCGAGGCCGCGGAGAAGUCCCUGGCCAUACUGCGCUCCUCUCCGGAGCAAGCCACAGCUAACCUAGCUCGAGAUGGACCGCAAUCGGACGACCUCCUACGCCCCGUCUUCAUGGGCUGCGCGACCAAGAACGCGAAAGUGGUCAUGAUAUCCCUCGGCUCCCUUCAGCGCCUCAUCGCUCUGAAGGCUGUACCACAGUCCGCCGUUCCCGUCAUCAUCAGCACAAUGGGCGACUGCAUGAACCAGGGUGUCGAUAUACAGCUGCGGAUACUGCAGACGCUGUUGUCGCUCAUCACCAACUUUCCCGCCAUCCACGGUCAGCUACUCGGCGAUGCCCUUCUGCUCUGCUUCAAGCUGCAGGAGUCACGUAUCGCGGUUGUAUCGUCGACCGCAGCAGCGACUCUGCGACAGCUGGUCAUGUUCAUCGUGGACAAGGUCGUGGACGAGGACAGGCGGGACGAAGUUGACCUCAAGACUUUAGUCGACAUCACGCUGCCGAACGGAGAGACAAAGGCACUGGGCCCCUCGGCGCGAGACGCGUACGCAGUGUUCGAGGACUUGUGUCUGCUGGCGAACGCCGAACGACCGCGGUUCCUCAAGCUGGAGGUCCUCCGCAAGACAUUCGCACUCGAACUCAUCGAGAGCGUGCUCACGAACUACCACGACCUCUUCCGCAAGGCAAGGGAGUUGAAGACCGAAUCUGAGGUCUUCUUGAUGCUGCUCAUCAAGAUCGUCGGGUCAGACGGAGAUGCCGACCCAGCAGAAAGUGGACAUCCGUACGGGUCACGUCCGUUGUGGAUGCGGGUGCUCGCCAUGGAGAUCAUGCGCGGACUCUGCAGCGACGCAGAACUGAUCCGAAACGUAUGGGAACGGUACGACGCGGAGGAGGGCGGCUCGAAGGUGUUCACGUCGUUGAUCACUGCACUGAAGCGCCUCGUCACGGAGAAGCCGGCGCUGCUCGGUGUCUGCACUCAGAUGUUCGGCGUCGGCGUCCCGACGAGCAGUGGUUCGAGCUCAGACUUGACUGGGUAUGGUCUCGACGUAGGAGGUGUCGCGGGCAUGGUGGCGACCGCAGCCAGUGCCACCGUCUCUGCCGGGUUGAGUAUGAUUGGCUCGGAGGCGGGACUGAGCCUGCACAGCUCAGCAAUGAAACUUCAAUGCAUCGACCAGCUCGACAAGGCAGACUCGCCCGUCAUCCCGGAGUCCUACGUGUAUUUGCUCGGCCUCCAAUGCCUGGUCGCGCUCUGCGAGGGCUUCGCGUCUUUCACGGGGCCGCUCUACAACUCGCUCAUGAUCCAGCGGCCCCGCUCAGCGGGCGAGCCCGUCGUGCGCGCACCGCCCGCGCUCGACCUGUCCGCGCUGCCCGCGGACGAGCCGACGACGCACCAGCUACGGACGGUGCACGCGAUGGUCGAGAGCGGGUGGCCCGCGCUCCUCGCCGCACUGUCGUUCCUCAUCUCGACGAACCUCUCGGACGAGCUCUUCGUGGAGGUGCUCGCGAGUUACCAGGCGCUCACCACCGUCGCGGGCAUGCUCGGCCUCGCGACCCCGCGCGACGCGUUUUUCACGAGCAUCGCGCGGCUCGCGAUCCCGCCGCGGGUGAUCUCGAGCCUGGAUACGUACCAUGGCUCGGCUGGACACUACACGGAGCCGAUGACACCGCGCAGUGCCGCGACCACGCUCUCGGAGAACCUGGGGAUCACGAUUGGCGGCUCCGUGCAGCCUCCUGGCCUGUCGGAGAGGAACAUGGCUUGUCUGAAGGUGCUGGUGACGAGCGGACUCUUCCUGGCGGGCAGUCUCGGCGAAAGUUGGUUCAACAUCCUCGAGGCUCUGCAGAACGCCGACUACGUACUGACGGUACGGGGCACCAAGCCGACGGCGAGCAAACGUGGGACUCUACAGGGGACGGGCAGUGCACCUGGGAGCCGCGUGUCCUCCCUCAGCAGCUCUCACUCCGCAGCUCAAGCAGGCGCCGCGGCAAACCAGGGUGCUGGCCAACAGCCACAGACAACUGCGCGACAUCCCCUUUUGGCCGACCUCGACCCGGAGAGCAUGCAGCAUGCCAUCCAACGCCUGUUUGACGCCUCCAAGAACUUGGACGACGGCGCUUUCCGUCACUUCGUGAGCUCGUUGUGCAAGCUGAGCGCUGCCAUGAUCGGCAUGCAGUCAGAGGCGCAGGAGAUCGCCUUAGAGUCCGAAUCACUGGACGAGCUGGUUACUAGCCCUGGCCUCACAUUACAGGCAGAGCACCACCGCAGGAGAGUCAGUGGGAUCCACAUGCCUAAGACCCCUCGGUCUGGAGACUUCGGUAUUAGCAAGCUCGGCGGCGUAGCGAUGCUCAACAUCCAUCGGCUGAUAUAUAGAUCGCCCGACGUCGCAUGGGACCCCAUCACGGAGCACUUGCUAAUCGUCAUCCGAAACGCACUCGCGCCUUCUACAGUGAGAGUCCAAGCGCGCGCAUCCUCGAUGACAUCCUCGUCGUGGUGCCGGCGUAAUCUGUCGUCCACCGGGGACCUGCAGCCUAAAGUGCAGAGACGUGUCCUUGACGUUCUUGCUCGACAGGUCAUACCGGAUAGUAUGGCCACUAACAGCACCACUGUUGAGGUGCGGCGCAUGGGCUUCGAAACGCCUUCACCAGAUUCUGCAGGCUUCCGGACAUACCCUCGUAAUUGGCGUAUGCACUCCGACGACCUUGCCUCGUCUGCCACCACGGACUCGCUAUCGACACCCACUACUGCUGUCCCGGAGACUCCGCGGCGUAAACCCGCACCUCUUGGUUACACGAACGACAAGGGGCACAACUCACUAGUGAAGAUCGCCUUCCAGUCCUUGACUUUGGUUUGGAAGUUCGGGCGCCAGGCGGAUACAAACAUUGCUCUCACAGCAGCCGAGAGCCUUCUCUGGGGCGUGUCAGACUCCAUCCAGGCGAAACGCAAGGAUGCGGAGACGGAGCACGAGUUCAGCGCGCUGUGGAUGUUCCUCUUGGUCGAGGUGCUCGCCUCUGCACAGACGCUCGGCCAGAGCUGGGGACUGGACGAGUACUCGACCGCGGAUCCUGCUGAUCUACAGUGGGAUGAGUCGAAGAUUCUCGCAUUGCAAUCGAUCGGCUCGAUCUUCCACGAGUUCCUCUUAACCAAGCUCAUGCCUUUGGAGAGUUUCUCUAGGGCGUGGGAUGUCUUCGUGGGCCAUAUACAGUCUUCAUGGCGCAAUGACAACCGGAUGGUUACCGCCACUGCUCUUCGCUGCCUGGAUAAGUCGAUCAACGCGCUCGCCACCGGCGAGGGCGAGUUGGUCGGGAAGACCAAGGAUGCAUUGGCCACAGUGUGGCAUGCCUGUGACGAUAUGGGUGCAAUGAUCGCGACGGGUGGCUCUGGUCAACAAACAAGACUUCAUUCGAAUCCUUUCACACAGGAAAGCUUGAUGGCGUUCGUAGACGUCAUUCGCAGUACCAGAUCUGUCGGGCGUAAUGUCGAAAGACACGAAUGGUCCCUUGAACGACUCGAACGUCUCAUGUCCAUCUUGAAAGGUGUUUUGACAUACCAGAACUCAACCGACUACAGACCAGAUAUUGACGCUCUCAGUCCCGUUCAGGCAACUGUGAUGCAAGCGAUCGACGGCGUUGACUUGUCAUCUCCGGGUGCACCAUCACUGGUACUGCGAGAUCUAUCCGAGUACGCAACUCUACCUUUCUUGGCAGCUUUCGACAUGCCGUCGCGCUCUUCCGUUGUCUCUGCAACGCCAUCGAGAUCAAAUGCCGGGCGUGUCACAUAUAUUGCGCUCUCGAAGAAGAUUAUGCCCGUACUGGUAGAGCUCUUCUUACGCUUCAAAGGCCAAAGCGCGAUAUACUUAGAUGGCACAGUGGAGCGGAUUUAUUCGGCAUAUGCGAUUCCAAUCAAGUUGAAGUAUGAGUGCCCAGCGCCGUCGAAGUUUGGAAAAGAUCCUCCUCUGUGGAAGACUGCUACGAACAAUUUCCUCCGCAUUGUCAAAGAGUGUGGUCCGCAGCUACGCGAGUUCGGAGAAGAUGUUCCCGACGCUCAGCAAGAAGGCAUCUGGCGCCAGAUCAUCGAGACAUUUCGUGGAGGGAUUUUGGCCGACUGUUCGGCCGCCGACAGCUUCCCCUUAGACAUGCAGGAGACUGAGGAAAACUUCGACCUGGCAUUGAUCGCCGCCCUUGAGAUUGACGUUGUCCCCUACCUUGGAGACGCGUGCAUUCCAGACUACCUCAUCAUACAGCUAUCUCGAGUGCUACACCAAGGAAGCCAGAUCCGGGAUACUGAUGAUAUGCCACCUUCACCUGCUUCAAUCACAGAUUCCUACUGGGACACCGGGACACGCAGGCUCUCCCAAGAGUUCGAGAAAGUGGAGAAGUUCGGCACGGACGUUGUGGCUCUGGGAACCACGGAGAGCGGACAUUUCCGGCCGAGAGAGCGAUUCUCUUAUU